UUAUUAUUAAAUUUAUUGUACCUUAGGAUUUUAUUGAUAUUGAUACAUGUUCUUUUCAGACAAAUUGUACGAGGACAAACACGUGCCAGUUUGGAUGUGCAUAGGCCACAUAUAUGUGCUGAAAAUUACACCGAAUGGGGAAAAUUGCCUUCUUGUCCUAUACCACAGUUUUCUGGAAAUCCUCCUAUGACAUGGAAAUGGAUCAUAGGCCCAAUGAUUCUGUAUGUCUUUGAGAGGCUGGUACGGUUCUGGCGAUCAAUGCAAAAGGUUGUUAUCACAAAGGUUGUCACUCAUCCUUUCCAAACCUAUGAGCUCCAAAUGAAGAAAAAGGGCUUCAAGAUGGAAGUUGGGCAAUACAUUUUUGUCAAAUGCCCUGCAGUGUCCAUGCUGGAGUGGCAUCCUUUCACACUGACUUCUGCUCCUGAAGAGGAUUACUUCAGCAUUCACAUUCGUGUCGUUGGGGACUGGACAGAAGGCUUAUAUCAAGUUUGUGGAUGUGAUAAGCAAGAAUUCCAGGAUGCCUGGAAACUGCCCAAGAUAGCUGUAGAUGGCCCCUUUGGUACUGCUAGCGAAGAUGUAUUCAGCUAUGAAACUGUGAUGUUGGUUGGAGCAGGCAUUGGGGUUACCCCUUUUGCCUCAGUCCUCAAGUCGGUGUGGUACAAAUAUUGCAAUGAUUCUGUUACACUAAAACUCAAAAAGAUCUACUUUUACUGGCUCUGCAGAGACACUCAUGCCUUUGAAUGGUUUGCUGACCUCUUGCAAUCACUGGAGAAUCAGAUGCAGGAGAAGGAUAAGGCAGAAUUCCUCAGCUACAACAUUUAUCUUACAGGCUGGGAUGAAUCUCAGGCUACUCACUUUACUGUGCAUCAUGAUGAAGAGAAAGAUGUAAUCACGGGCUUGAAACAGAAGACUCUUUAUGGAAGACCAAACUGGGAGACUGAGUUCACAACAAUUGCAAGCCAGCAUCCAAGUUCCAGGAUUGGCGUUUUCCUGUGUGGACCCGAAGCCUUGGCCGACACCUUGAAUAAGAUGUGCAUUAACCAUUCAGAAGCUGACCCACGCGGAGUGCAUUUCAUAUUCAACAAAGAAAAUUUUUGAGCAUGCCAGCACCACGAAAGAAAAGCUACUUUCCUCUGCCCAUUUUUCUUAGACAUUUGGGCAUUGUGGAGCUUGUAUUUUAUAACAGUAAAUAUUAUUCUUUCUGGAGUUUUGCUAAAGGCUCCAGAUCUUCUUGUGUUGCAUCUGCGUUGUACAAAGUUCUGCAGAAAGAAAACAUUUUCCACAGCAGACAGUUCUAGGCUGUAACUGGAAUUAAAUUUCAGUGAGUUUAGUAAGCCUUAUUUCUGAGUAGAGCUUGCAUUAUUUUGACAUUUCUGAUCUCAAGUCCUUCCUCAUGACUUCUUUGCAUGCAGAAAGCCAUCUCUAGUGGACUGCAGACACCUCUGUUCAUUUAUAUUGGUAUAUUUUCAACUGGUUUAAAGAUCACAUAAGAAUUUUCUCUGCUUACAGUGUUGUUGUAUUUUUCUAGCUAGAGCAGAAGAAAUGCUGCGGGGAGCGGCGUUCCCUCUUUUCAAGAGAGAUUGAUAUGUAAUCUUAGCAAAACAGGAUCAGAAAGCCUCACAAUAUGUAACCUGCCUUUCUGCAUUAUUUGCUCUACUGCUAUUUUCUUCACAACCCCAGGCCCACUUUCCUUAAUUCUUGAACAAGUGCAGUGCUUGCCUUUCUCAUCAGUAUACACAUUUUUCCUUUAAAUGGGCUUUUAUAGAUAUACAUCUGCAUAGACGUAUAGUAAAUUACUUAUUUUUUUUUUAAAAAAAGGAAAACUGACUGGUGGUGUCAGUGAAACUGGAAAGGCUUUCCCCCAUUUUGUCAUUUCCACAGGAGACCAGAAAUAAGAGAUAAUGUGUGCCAGAUGCCAGUAGCCUUGAGGGGAAACAAGGAAGAACCAAGGAAAGGGAUGAUGAAAUACAGAUUGAUAGCAAUGAGAGACAAACAUAUGGGUGGCACAAUUCAAGCAAAUUAGAAAUGUGUAUACCUCUGAAGAAAGCACAGUGGGUGAAGGACUAAAAAUAAGCCUUGGACAAAAUGCACCUGCCCACACAUAUUGCAACUGUACAUCUAUGCUGCUGAAUGACCAUCAUUCAGCAUAACACACACACAUACACACAAGCAGAUGCAUUUGGACACAAUCAUGUUUAAGAGUGCAUUUCUGACUCUGUCACACACACAGGGAGAGAGAGAGAGAGAGAGAGAGAGCAGGAGAGUGGCUCCAUAGUGCUUUAGGUGCCCUGUGGCCCCAGUUUGAAAAUCUUUCAAAUUCUAUUUUUCAAAAGGUGAAGCUUAAGAUAGGAAGCCCAUCCACUCCGAAAUUUUCUUCAACUUUUCUUGCACCCAUGAUACUGGUCAGUGACUCUGGAACAGACUUUUCUUUCUCCAUGUGUACACAAAUAGAAACAGCCACCCUCCACUCAAUAUGUAUUUGUUGAUCUGUCCUUACCUCGCUGGGAAAAUUACAAUCUCACAUGCUGCUUCUUUAAUAUUGGGUGUCUGUGGAGAGCACGCCCUGUAUCUGUCACUAAACUUAGAAGGCUUUCCUCCAUGCCUUAGAGUCUUUGGAAGCAGCCCUUCCUUCCUUUGUUAGCCACCUUGUCUCAUUCCUCCAUCGUUCUGCUCUCCACAGAUAUGUGAACAUGUGAAGAUGCUUCUAUAUGUAUUAAUGAACGAAGCCAUGAACUGUAAAUAAACAUGUUUUUUUUUUAGUCAAGA